UGAAACUCAGGCAAGACAUUAAAUCCAAUGAUGUUUUAUUUAUAGUAAUAAAUAAGAUUAUCGAUUCACGGUGGAUUAUAUUCGGCUCUUUCGUAUUUACGGCAAUUUUCGUAUCGUUUACAUCAAAUGUAUUACUUUCGUUUGUCUCAAAUAUUACCCAACGCACGGUAUCAAAAAUUGAAACCAAAUUUAUGAGCGAAGUCAUGAGCGAAGCAUGCAGGGCUGUACUCCGAUUUCCUCAAGCAACAAAACUGACCAUAUUAUUUACAAUCACGAAACUUCUAGUAUUAGCUUUUGGAAUCACUGUGUUUUUUCAUUUACUUUCUCUUGAUUACUUCGAGUUUCCGUCAUUAUUACUGCUACUUCUUCAUUGUCUGAAUAUAUGUGGUACAAUAUGGCUUCAUUCAGUCAUAGAUUUAUUCCGACACAUGGUACUUUGGGGAACAUUCUGCAUUUGGUUUCAAACUAUGGAUAAAUUAAAUGUUCCACGUGGAUUGGUAUCGAGAAAUGUAGUUACAGCGUUAAGGUAUCAUAUUGGAACAGCUGCUUACGGAUCUCUUAUUUGGGUUACUUUUCCAGAUAUAUACAGAAUAAUUAAAAAUUCGAAUAAACCUUACCGCACCAUUUUUUCACUUUAUAAAAGAGUGCAUGAAAUUAGUAUGGGGAUAACUUCAAUUUAUGGAAAAAGUUUUAAAGAAUCUGCGGACACAGUUUGUCAGCUUUACUCACAAUUGCCGGAAUGCUUUUUUUCUGUAUCCAAGAAAUUUCUACUAGCUGCUAUAGUUUUGAAUGGAAUUCUUUCUUCAACAAUCAUAAUAUCGUCCGAAAUCAUUUUCUACUCUCUAAGUAUUUCAUAUGACGUCCAAGUAACGGUGCUUUUAAUUUUGGUGAUUUUUAUUAUCGUCGUGACUGCACCAGUGAUCGUAAUUCUCAAUGCAGCUGUAAUAUCACGUUUAUUUUGUACUCUGAAAGUUUUUGAGCACAAUGAAAAGGACAUAAGAAAAACAUUCACUACAGAAUUCAACCAAGACAAUUUCUUGAAACAUUCAAAAAAGGACUAAGCAAAGCACAUCAGUGCUCAUCACUCGUCACAAAAGAGAACUUAAAUACGCAUUUGAUGUGUUUCUUCAGAUUGUUACUUUGUAUUUUGUGGAAUUAUUAGUGUGUAUAAUAAAUAAUUAAAUUAAAUUUGAGUAAUAGUAAUCUAAUACUUUAACUUUUUUUAAACAAAAAAAAAUAAUACAUAUUUUAUGGGUGAGGAUACCAAAG